UGACCUGAAACUACUCAAGGAAGUCAGUUCAGGUGCAUUGCUGUACAUGUCGAAACAACAGAGUCGUAGCUGGCUGUCUCCCUCUCUUUCUCUCGCUUUUGUUUUAAAGAGGCGAUCAAACUAUAGACCGUGUGUUUAACCUUGACAAAGCUACGCUACGUAUGUAUGUGUACGUAUGUAGAACUUAUUUGGCGCCGUACGUAGCCAGCCGUGGCUAAUCGGAGGUGCCGGUGGGGAAGGAUUACAGACUGAACACAGCAACGAAGAGCGGUUCUACAAACAUUAGUUCUCAAUCGAGUAUAGUGGUGGUGUAUAGUGUAGUGUAUAGUGGUGUAGUGUAUAGUAGUGUAUAGUGUAGUGUAUUGUCGUGUAUAGUAGUGUAUAUUGGUGUAGUGUAUAGUAGUGCAGUGUAUAGUGCAGUGUAUAGUGGUGUAGUGUAUAGUAGUGCAGUGUAUAGUGCAGUGUAUAGUCGUGUAGUGUAUAGUGGUGUAGUGUGUAGUGAUAUAUAGCAGUGCUGUGUAUAGUAGUGUAUAGUGUAGUGUAUAGCAGUGUAGUGUAUAGCAGUGUAGUGAAUAGUAGUGUAGUGUAUAGUGUAGUAUAUAGCAGUAUAGUGUAUAGUAGUGCAUAGUGUGGUGUACGUAUGUCCAACUUCUAUCGCGCCGUACAUCUGCAACCGUGCUAAUCGCGGAGAUCCCAUUGGAGAGACACGGGGGAGACUUUGUGAGCGAGUGAAGAAGCAUCGGUGAUGAACCUGAGCUGCUGACACAGGAGGACGAGAGGAUCACGACAUGAUUCUGUGGAAGAGAGCAGUUGAGUGGAGGGGAAUCCUCCUCCUCGUGAUCGUCUCUGCCGCUGCCAUUCUGGCCGACAGAGAUUGCGAUCGCGGCUUCUACAAAACACACCAGGGCUUCUGCUGCAGACUAUGCCGCCCAGGGACUUUCAAGAUUGUCGACUGCAUCACCGAUGGCAUGGACCCCUGGUGUAAUCUAUGCCCUGAGGGCACCUUCAGCAACCGAGAUCACCAGGAGAAGACGUGCAUGCCGUGCGGGGCUUGCGGACCAGAUGAGGAGGUGGCUCACGCCUGCUCCUUGGCCCAGGACACCGUGUGCCAGUGCAAGGAGGGGUUCAAGAGAGACCCUGGCUCGGAGCUCUGUAUUCGUGAAGGGCCCAGCCAAGUAACAGCAACCAUCGUUUUGGGAUGCAUCGCUGCACUCUCGCUGAUCGCUAUAACUACCAUCCUCAUCGUUUUAAGACAGAGACAGAAGCUCUCUCGCGCCGGGUACAAGAGGCGGCACCGCUCCUCGUAG